UGCCGUAUCGAUAACAGAUAGCAAAAUGCAAUGAAGAAGCGAAAGGCAAUUAUUUCAUAAAAUUUUUACGACACAAACCUGGUUUUAUUGAUGUGCAAUUGAAAAUAUACAAAGCUGCUGUUUAAUGUGGAGUUGAACAAGAGAAUUUACCAGAAAUCAUGAAUUUCAGCCAAGUGAGUCACCUGCGGGCCAUGUCGGAAAUUAGUAACAUUUCCUACUGCCAGGCGGUGGCCAAUCGCACCUCGUUCUUCACCACCGCCUACAAUGGCAUACCGGAGACCCUGAUACUGAACACCAUCUUCUGGGUCCUGCUCAUCCUCUUGUUUACGACUCUGCGACACCAGGCCGGUGAUUUUGGACGCCUGGCCCUGGUCAACAGCCAUGGGAGUAAAAAGCGCUGGACGGAGAUCUUCUAUUCGCGGGCCGCCAGUGUGGUGGAUCCGCAGCCGAGCACCUCCGCGCAGGUGUCGCCCAGGCCAAGUUCCGCCUCCCAGGGGAUCGCCGACUCCACACCCUUGUCGCCUAUUCAGCCGGAGGAGGGUAUAUUCGGCUGGAUCAAGGUCACGCUGAAGCUGCGCAAGGAGACAAUUCUGCUGCACACUGGACCGGAUGCCGUGCACUACCUGUCCUUUCAGCAGCACCUGAUGGCCGUCAUGGCUCUGGUCACCAUCGUCUCGCUGGUCAUCAUUCUGCCCGUGAACUUCUUGAACGGGCCCAAGGAAAACCCCUACGAUGUAAAUGCCUUUGGCCGCACCACGAUGGCCAACCUAUCGCCGGACUCACCCUGGCUUUGGGUGCACACGAUCGUCACAAUUCUCUACAUACCGCUUGUGGUGCUCAUCAUGCGGCGAGCCUCGGGACGGAAUGCUUUUAAGAAGGCCGCCACGCGCACCAUUAUGAUAUCGAACAUCUCGUCCAGCGAUCGUAACAAAACUGUGGUGCGGAACUACAUGCAGGAACUCUUCCCGGACGUCACCAUCGAGAAUGUCUCAAUCGCCUACAACAUUUCACGGCUCUAUGUAAGGAACGCGGAGUUCGAGCGAGUUCACGAUGCCCGUUUGUACUGCGAACAUCACCGGAACCGGGAUACCCUGAUGGCCAAGCCAGACUUGUGUUCCUGCAAGAAGGAGAACGCCUACGAGUUCUAUCAGCGGGAGGAGCGAAAGCUAUCCGGAGAUGUGGCCCGCCUGCGUGCCUCCACGAUGAACGAGCCCCUGGACAUUGCCUUUAUCACCGUGUCCACUGUGCAGGAGGCGCAGAAUAUUGUCACCCACUUCACACCCGGCACCUACCGCCAAUGGCAUUUGGUUUUCGCCCCAUCGCCGGACGACCUCUUUUGGGAGAACCUAAACGUGAACAAGAGCCACUGGUACUUGAAGUUCUUCUGCGUGAACGCGGUGCUCUUUGUUUUGCUGUUCUUUCUGUCCACUCCCGCCAUGGUGGUAAGCCUUCUGAACAGCCGGCCUUGGAUAAAGGAAACGGAGGGCAAGAUCUCACCGCUUGUUGCUGACUUCCUGCCCACUCUGAUGCUCUGGACCCUGUCGGCACUGAUGCCUGUCAUUGUGGCCAUUUCGGACAAAUGGAUGCGUCACUACACACGCUCCAAGCAAAACUAUUCGAUCAUGACGAAGUGCUUUGGCUAUUUGCUAAUGAUGAUCCUUGUUCUGCCGUCUCUGGGAUUGACCUCGGCACAAGCGCUGCUGGAGUGGGGAUUCACGAAUGAGACUGAUCGCUGGCAGUGCAUCUUCCUGCCGGACCGUGGCUCCUUCUACGUAAACUACAUCAUUACGGCUGCGUUCAUUGGUACUGCAUUGGAGCUGUUGCGCUUCCCGGAGCUCAUUGUCUACAUCUGGUCAUUGCUGACGGCCAAGUCCAAGGCCGAGACACCGUACAUCCGCAAGGCGAUCCUAAUCGAGUUUCCCUUUGGGACACACUAUGCCUGGACAACGCUCGUGUUUUCCAUAGCCAUUGUGUACAGCGUGGCCUGCCCCCUGAUCAUGCCCUUCGCCAUGAUCUACAUCUGCCUGAAACACUUUGUGGACCGCCACAACCUCUACUUUGCCUACGGACCAUCGAACAUGAUCUCACGCAAGGGUGGCAAGAUCCACUCGACGGCCGUCACGAUGACCAAGUUCUCGGUCGUGAUCCUGGUUCUGGUCAUGGCCAUGAUAUGCUACUUCCGCGGCGACGACGGCAUGGCGCGCUUCCUGCUGCUUAUUAUCAGUCUGGCCAUCACCCUGGUCCUGUUCACCUUCAUGUCACCGAUUAAACGCUGUGCGGCGACACGACGACCCAGUAUUGUGGAGAUUGCCGGUCCGGCGCCCAUCUACGUGCCCGAUGUGCUGAAAGAUAAUGUGGUUAGGACCAGCAGCGUGCGACCCUCGGUGGCCGGAUUCGGGGGCUAUGGCUCGGACAGCGUGUCCGAGUACGACAGCUCCCAGUACAGCGUGGAGGCGUAAAUGGUAUUAAUUAAUGUCGAAAGACACUACAUUUAGUUUUGUAAAAUAUCUUAAGAAGCCACUGAUAGCCACUUUGCAAGUUGACGGCUUUGAUUUGCAUACGAAACAAUGACAGGAGGAUAACAGCAAGAGAAUUUGUGAUACCUAGACCAGCCUCAAUGUCGUUCUCGAUAUGAACCCUGCACGCGAACGCGAUAGAAGUAUUUAUUUCUGAUCUGUAUAUAAUCCACGUAACCUAAUUUCCCCAAUUUUAUCUGUAACAACUCUGUAUAUACUAUAUAUCUUUGCUGAGUGCAUAACAAAGGGCUCGAUGCUAGUUUUUUCGAGGCAGUAACGCUGAUAAUAUUAAGCAAAUGAAACACAGUGCAUUAUUAAUAUUUUCACGUAAUUUUUUUUAUUUAUGGUAAAUAAAAAACUAUUAAGUUUAUGCGUAUCCGUUUUGCAUACAGAGUUA